AAAAAAAUUUGCUUUCUCCCUCUUUGUGCUGGUUCAUGUGGAAAUAUUGACGUUGAAGAUCACAUAAAGUUUUGUCUACAGAUAUGGCGUCUAAUCGACGACAAAACACAAAUUUUUCUGAAGAAGAUCUAAAUCUUCCCACAGAAACGUCAACACGGAGCGAAGACAAUUUUAAAUGGACUCCUAACCGAGAACGUAUAUUUCUUGAGUUAUACGAUCAAGCAAUUGCCAUGAGAAAUUACCGUUUCAAAGAUCCUACACCUCUUGGUAGGGAGUUUAUCGUUGAGAAGUUUAACCAACAGUUUAAUCUUAGCGUAAACUAUCGGUUCUUUAAAGAAAAACUUUAUCAACUCAAAAGAAAAUACAAGAAGUACAAGCAUCUUACGAAAAAUUCUACGGACAUCUCAGUUGAUCCUAUUACAUCAGUGAUAUCGGCGUCUAACUCAUGGUGGCAAGAGCGUGAAGUAUGUAAGAUUGUAAAGUCAUUUAAACGAAAGCCGCCGGAGCUUUGGGAUGUGAUGCAACGAUGUUUCAUAUUAUAUGACGUCCAAUCGCAGUCUCAAUUCUCUGUGAACCAAAGAAGGGGAGAGUUGAUAAAUGAUGGUCCGGAUAAUGAUGAAGGUCAUGUAUACUUUGAAACAUAUGGUGGUGAUAUGCAAGACAAUCAAGUUCCUGAGACACAAGAAAAUGAAGAAGUGUAUCGCGUUAACAUUGAUGAUGAAAUACGUCCGUCAAAUGAGUUUACCCGUGAACAUUUGCGUCAGAAUUCUUCACCCCCUGCUCCUUUUCAGAUUCCUACAUCCAGAGUUCAACAACGAGGUGGAUUAAGGCGUGGUAGUAGCUCGCAAAGAGGUGCCGGAAACUCACGAAUUUCUACCAGGAGUGGUUCAAGAGGAAGUCGUACAAAACAAUCAUUUGAGACAACCCUAACAGAUACAAUAACUGGCUUUAGAGAGUUUCAGCGCCAAAGUUUACAACAGUUACGCCCGAAUUUUUUUGACGAAGAGGAUUACAACGAAUUCGAUAUGGCUGUGAUGAUAUUUGAAUCAAUAAAACUUCCGAAUGACACUGAUUUUUAUUGGGCGUGCAUUCAUGCAUUUAAAGAAGAAAGAUUUUGGCGUAAAUACUUCAUUGAUAGAGCUGAAAGAUCUAUCGAAGAUAAGCUGAACUUCUUACAAGCUCUUACUGGAUAUACACGAGACAGUGAAUAUGUGGGAAAACGGUUAGUUUCCGGACAAAAUUUUGGGAGUCUUAUUGGAAGCGGUUUUUCUUUUGGAAGUCCAUCUUUUGGUGGUAAUUAUUCAUCGGGUCAAAGUUCUGGUAGCCAGUGGGGUCCUGGUUUUCAACAAUGGGGAACUCCUCCGACUGCUCCGCAAUGGAAUUCACCUUCUAAUGCCCCACAAUGGGGAAUGCCUCCAACUGCACCACAAUGGAGUACACCUCCUAAUAUGCCACAAUGGAGUUCACUUCCAACUGCUCCACAAUGGAAUUCACCUUCGAAUGCCCCACAAUGGGGAACGCAUCCAACUGCUCCACAAUGGAAUUCACCUUCAAAUGCCCCACAAUCGGGAACACAACAAAAUGUGCCCCAAUGGAGUUCACCAGCAAAUGUUCCACAGUGGCGUUCAUCACCAAAUGUCCCACAAUGGGGUUCAUCACAAAAUGCUGCACAAUAUAUCCCUCCAACAAAUGUUCAACGUGGAUUUUCAUUGGGAACGGAAGAGGAAACUACAACAAAUAUUCACCAAAGAGUUUCACAUGAAGAAGAAGUUCCUUCAGCCAAAAACGUGGUUAGGGGAGUAUCACCAAAAUUUGGAUUCACGAAUUAUUCUUCUACAACAAGGACAUCACGACCACGAAGACGAGGAGGAUUUUUCAACAUUUGGGGAUCUGAGGGAGGACCAAAUUUAAAUGAAACGCAUCAAAGUGAUUCAGCAUCUGAGAACUAGUUCAAUAGCGUUUGCGCUUUUUAGUUGCCUUUAUGUUUUAUUUUGCAUUAUAUUUUUGUAAUGUCAGAAUGUACUAGUACUGUUGAUUUACGUUAUUUCUCAUUAGUUUAUUUUU